AUGGCAGAGCUCAAAGUCUGGGACACAGAUCCAGCCAUUUACCUGUUCACGUCGUUGACGGCCGGGUCGACACACAUCAUCACAGCUACUUCGCGUAUGGAGACAAUACUGAAGGCGAAUAAGAUUCCAUUCAAGGGCGUCGACACGGCAACCAACGACUCUGCAAAGGCCUUGUUCCAGCGGAGAGCAAGCGGGAAGAAGCUGCCUUUCCUCGUUAAAGAGGGCUAUGGCAUCGAAGAAGUCGAGGAAUGGAACGAGUACGAUGAGCUUCGCGAAGCACUCGGCAUCACCUCCACGUUUACCGCCCUCAACGCAAAACCCUACCCCGCCGCAGCUCCGUCCUCUACGACCGCGACGUCCUCGACGACUGUGACGGCGAAGAAGGAGAAUGUCGUCAAGCCCAACCCCGAGCAGAACCUGGCUAUCCGCCAGCUGGGCGCGGAAGCUGCAAAGGCAGCGGCGGCGAAGAAGCAGGCGCCAGCGAAAAUCUCGACUACGAACCCUCUCCUGACUCAGAAGACCAAUACACCCACGCAGACGCAAGUAUACUAUCUCCACGCUCGAUACCUCUGCCAAGGACGCCAGGCAUCGCGUCUGGCAGCAAAUCUCCCGCUUUGGCUAUGCCCUAAGAAGGAAGCGGAGAAAUCAGCCGUGGAGUCCAAAGAGGUCACAGAAACUGCAACAAAGGCCGAACCUACACCCGAGACAAAAGAAGAGGCAGAGAGCAGCGAGGAGGAAGACAGCGAAGAAGACGAGGAGGAAGAGGAGAGCAGCGAAGAAGAAGAGGACGACGAGGAAGCAGCAGAAAGUGCAGAAGACAAGGACACAGACACAAAAGCAGACAAACCAGUCAAAACACAAGACCAAGACCCCAAAGACGCCAGCAAAGCAGGCGAGAGCGUCAAGGAAGGCGACGAAGCAGAAAGCAGCGAGGAAGACGGUUCCGACGACGACGAAGCAGAAGAAAAAGAAGAAGAGAGCACCGAAGAACCCGCGGCCGACCCCAACGCCGCACCGGAAACAACCACCACAACCACCGCCCCCAAAUCCACAGACAAAUCCAAGACCACCACCACGUCCAAGUCCAAAACAUCAGAUAAAGACAAAAAACCCACCUCCGCCGCGACCGCGCGCAAAAAUGCAGCCGAAAAGAAAGCCGCAGCUGAGAAGAAGAAACUCGCGGAGAAGAAGAAGGCGAUUGAGGAGAAGAAGGCGGCGGAGAAGAAGAGGCUGGCGGACAGGAAGAAGGCAGCGGAGAAGAAGAAGGUUGUUGGGAGCGCGGCGGAGAAGGAUAAGAAGAAGGUCGUUGGAGGCGCGGUGGAGAAGAAGAAGGCGGUGGGGACGGCGGCGAAGAAGACGGAGGUGAAGGGAAAGGCGGGUGCGGGGAAGGAGAAGGAGAAGGAGAAGACGCAGGAUCAGGCAGCGGGGGAUGCGAAGAAGGCGGGGGAGAGUGUUGAAGAUUGA